AUUUUAGCCACAAAUGUCUAAAAAGGAGUCGCUUUCCUCUAAAGUUGAGAAAUUAGAGGAGAAAGCACAGAAAGAAAGUGUUACAUUUAUGAAGGAUUACUCAUCAUACUACUUCACCACGGAUAAGCGAGGUGUGAAGUACAAAGCAUAUCAUUAUUUCAAGCUACUCAAAAUAUUCACUAACCAGAUGAAUAAUGAAUCAUUUAUAUCCUCUAAGAGAGCAUUCUACUUACUUCUGUUCGGCCCAGUGAUGACUGCAGCAGGUUUUGCUAUGGUCAAUCCUAUGAGCGUAUUCAAAAAUGUGAGCAUCGGUGGGUGCUUUCUAGGGUCUAUUGGCACCUUCGUGUUCAUCCUGAAAGAAGACAUGUUCAACCUUGCAAGAGAAGAGACUACUCUGGGACUAGAGAUCAGAGAGAUUUAUAAAUAACAUUGCCUUGGUCGACCCAGGACUCCCUUCUUUUGGGGAGUAUACA